GUUUAAAUUGUCGCUUUAUUCUAUUAUUUUUGUGAAAAGUGUGUUGUUUGAAAACACUCAUUACAUUUGCACAGAAUGUCGACACCACUCGAACAGCAGACAGAUGAGCGCGAAGCUCUGCAAUCCAUUUACGAAGGCGAUGAAAAUUUUAAAGAAAUCAACUUGACCACAUUUCAAUACAAGUAUGGCGAAGAGGAUAGCUAUAAAUCAUUUUUAGUGGAACUACAAUGGGGCGAAAAUUAUCCCGACGAGGCACCCACGAUCAAUCUAAAUACCUUCUACAAUCGCAAUCUCUUACCCGUUGUGAAGGAUGCAAUAGAGUCAGCACUCAAAACAGAGGCAACACAAUGGUUGGGCUGUGGCAUGACAUAUACACUCUUCGAAUGCCUUAAAGACAAUUUGGAACAAUUAACUGCCUUACAGCCUGAAACUGCCCCCACUGUGGCUGUCGUAGACGACGGUGUUGGAGCGCUUAAGAUAUCAGAUCCAACGGCAGACGCCAAGCAAAAGGAACCGAAGAAAGAGCAGUUGACUAAAGCGCAAAAGCGCCGUCAAUGGGAACGCACCGAUCAUAAGGGCGAACGUGCACGGGGCUGGGAUUGGGUAGAUAUCGUUAAGCAUCUCUCACAAACAGGCAGCAAGGAGGAUACAGCAGCGGCCUUAGAGAGUGCAGCAGCGGCAGCCGCAGCCAAUCCGGUUUUGCACCCACUUAACACCUGAGUUUAGAUGUCAACUAGUUAACUAAUUCAAAUUAUCAACGAAUUCAAUCAAAACAACAAAUAUAUGUCAGAAUGUUAUCAGAGCGGUUGCUGCUUGAGUCCAUUAAAGCCGAUCAAUUUAGAACA